UAAAGGAGCAGCCAUCUUUUUUUACAGGGACUGAAAUUCCAUUGAAGUAGAUGUAUGUAAUAGGAAUAGAAGGAAAGAAAGAAGAAUAUUAAGUGUGUGCACGUGUGUGUGCGUGCGUGUGUGAAUGUGCGCACAUGCAUGGUGCUCAUGCGCACUGCUGCCAACUGCCAUUAUAUUAAUGCAGUAUUGAAGGCCACCCAAAGAUGGCAACAGUGGGUGAAAAGAAUCGGGGAGCUGGUGGAGAGAGGUGCUGGAAAAGAGAGAGGAAGGGAGGGAGUAUGGGACAGAAAACAAGAUGAGGGGGAUAACGGCAGGGGCUAUAAAUGAGUGUAAAGCCAAGCUGCAGGGCCAGGGAUUGACAGAGACAGAUGGAUGUAUUACAGAUGGAUGGAGUGAAUCGUUUAAUGGGAAAUCUCACCACAUGUUUGUUAGCGCUGCGUUGUUUCACAUCGCACCACAAACACACACCACACAGGAUGGGAAAUUUAACACAUUUCACCUAAGGGCCGUAGGAUAAUUGACCCAUGGGGUUUUCUUCCUUGUUCUGUGCAGGCGGUGAACCAGCAUGCACUUCCCCUUCUCCCUCUAUCCAUCCUUCUCUCUUUCCUGCUGUUCCAGUGCCAUUUAAAAGAUUUCUCCUUCUUCCUUCUUCCCCCUCCCCGCAGUCCCCUUCUCUCUCUCUGUAUCUAAUGAGAUUAUCCUACCCUGGCGCAUGAGCUCAGACAGAGAUCUUUGUUAAACUCUGUCUGCAAUUAUCAAAAUUCUGCUUUGGAUUAGCUGCCAGUGUUUACGGCUCUUGCUUAUUCUCCCUCUGUGUGCUCGCGUUUGUGUGUGUGUGUGUGUGUGUGUGUGUUUGUAUGUGUGUGCAUGCAUACGUGUGUGUGUGUGUGUGUGUUCGUGAGGCAUUUGCAUAUGCUGCUGUGUGCAAGGGUGCGUGUACACUGUGCUCAAAUGAUGUAAGCAGACAGCUUGUGUGUCUGGUUUGUGACGUGUUCUAAAGUUCACAAUGAGCCACUUAUUGGGGGGGGGGGGGGGGCUUGGUGUCUUUAUCAAUUGGAUUCAGAGUUAGGAGAAAAAAGCAAGCAUAGAAAAGGGACAAAUAGGGUGAAGAGAGAAUGAAAGAGAAAAAUAGGAAUAAGAAAAUGGUAGAAGAGAAGAGAUAGAGAGAGAGGAAAUGGAGAGGUAGACAGAAAAGAAGGGAUGAGAUAAAGAGGGAGAUAGACAGGUUAAUAGAAGAAAUGAGAGAGAAUAUCAUUGCUGAGAAUGAUUUGGAGGAGUGAUAGAUGCAACUAUUGGGAAGAGGGAGAGAGGGGUUGAAGUGGAAGAGAGGACAGAGAAAGGCGGCAGAGGAAUACAGAUAGAAAUGUGAGGGUUUAAAGAAAAGUGAAUGCACAGUGAUAUCCUGUUCAGUUGAAGGCCACUGAUGCAGGUUUAUUUCUGCUUACGUCUUGCAAUGAUCUCAGGCAUUGCUAACGCAAUCGCAAUGUGUUGUGGAUGAAUUUUUUUAAUACGUUUAAUAGGCCUGUCUACAUCUCUGUGUUGUAUUUUUAGCAGCCUCCACAGCCCUGUGUGUGUGUGUAUGUGUGUGUAAUGGACUGUGUGCUUUUGGCUUAGCGUCUUCAGCUCUUAAGGAGGGAGCAGUAAUGUGCUGUCUGAUGAGUGUGUUUCUCAUCUGUAUGGAUGGUUGCAGACAGUGAAAUGGAUGGAGAGAAUGCAGGCAGAUGAGUACGCAAUCUUGGUUUUCCCCCCAUCCUCGCUUUGCUGCUCAUGUAUGAGCACUUAAAUUUCGCCAGGAUGACUGGCAUGCCCCUUUCACUCUCUCUCCCCACUCCCUCUCUCUUUCUCUCUCUCUCUCCCUCCAUCUCUCUCUACCCUCCUCUGCCCCCUCCCUCUGCUUCUCCAGAUGUGAGAGCUGUUGUUGUUUUCUCUCCUUCUUUGCCUCUCUCAUUUCGGCAAGUUCAUCCGUCCAUGCGAACUAGCAGAGCCUACCUCUCUCUCUCUCUCUCUCUCCCUUUUUCUCCCUCUCACUCAGCCUCUCAGCAUCUUUCCCCAGGUUCCUCAUGUCUCAUCCUCCCCCAAAUUUUUGCCUCUACCCAAGAAAGACCCCAAGAAACUCCCUUCUAACAUACAUACACACAACCACACGCACACACACACACACACACACACACAAGCAUACACUCUCUCACACACACAAACACACACAGACACAUACACACAGGCAUACACUCUCUCUCACACACACACACACACACAAACACAUACACACAAGGAUACACACACACACACACACACACACACACACACACACACACACAUGCAGAGAGACAGACUGAGAGAUACUUAGCUAUGGGAAACUGCAUUAAAUCUCCUAUCAAAAAUCUCUCCAAGAAGAUGGUCCAGGAUGAGAAGCAGAGGUACAGAGCAGUGUGGUCCUCUGAGGAAGGGGGUUCAAGAGGGGGCCCAGGAGGGGGCCCAGACGGGGGCCUGGGGGCCUACCAGGAGCCUCUAUUGGCCCUAGCCCAGAACUGCGCUCUCAUGCACAACAUGCUGGGCCCUGCCUGCAUCUUCCUCCGCAAGGGCUUCGCUGAGAACAGGCAGACUGACAGAGAACUGCGACCAGAGGAAAUUGAUGAGUUGCGUGAAGCGUUUAAAGAGUUUGACAAAGACAAAGAUGGUUUCAUCAGCUGUAAAGACCUGGGGAACUGCAUGAGGACCAUGGGCUAUAUGCCUACGGAGAUGGAGCUGAUUGAACUCAGUCAGCAGAUCAACAUGAACCUGGGGGGUCACGUGGAUUUUGAGGACUUUGUGGAGUUAAUGGGACCCAAGCUUCUGGCUGAGACGGCAGACAUGAUUGGUGUCAAGGAGCUGAAGGACGCCUUCAAAGAGUUUGACACCAAUGGUGAUGGACAGAUCAGCACAGCGGAGCUCAGAGAAGCCAUGAAGAAGUUGCUAGGACAACAGGUUGGUCACAGGGACUUAGAGGACAUUUUGAGAGACAUUGACCUGAACGGUGACGGCCAUGUAGACUUUGAAGAGUUUGUCCGAAUGAUGUCUCGCUGAAAGACAAGGACCUGACCACGUGCACUGGAUGUCAGUCAGCUGCUGUCCCUGCCCCGUUACAUGAAUGAGGAAGAAUAAUUGAAAGAGAAAAAAGAAGGACAUCACUCUACAUUGAACUGAGCCACCUUUCCUAAACAGAACUGGAAACUAAACAACCUCUGAUCUCUCAACUACAGACCAAGACAAAAAUGAUCACCACAGCUUCCUCUGCUAUAUUGCCCAACCCCAGCCAGACUAACACCCUGAUUGACAGACUGACACACUGACAGUUUCAGCACUUUCAACCCUCCCCAAUCCUCAAAUAUAAUUGUACAUAUCUUAUUUGGGGAGUUGGGGCUUCCCCUGCCCUACCAUGUAAUGGCAAUAUUAUUUCUUUAUGUUAAAUGUCUGUUAGUUGUGUGUUUACUUCUUUGUAUGUAUUUGUCUGUUUGCUUGUUGGUACGUGUGUGUGCAUGUCUAUGUGUGUAUGUGUCUAUGUGUGUGUUCAGUUUUAAUUAAGAUGUGUUACUUGACUUUGUGUCUAAAUUAAAGUGGAUGAGUGAUUCAAUUGUAGUCAGAGCUGGAAACUGUGAGACAAGAGAAUAUUUUUAACGUCUUUUUAUUAGACAUAUUGCGGAGCAUCACAAAGCCAUGUGAAGAACCCCAUGCUCCAAUAUUACCAGUUUUGUAAUGAAGACAUAUGUGGUUCAUCCUGCUAUGUCACACGUAAUGAGAGCCUAAGCACAUGGUUCAGUACACCAGCCUUAAUAUAUUUCUUGAUUUCCAUAAUGAGUUUAAUUGUUCUGCACUUAACAUGAGUUAGAAAUGUUCUCUUGUCUAAUACACACCAUGCAGACUUCUGCUGUGUUUACUUCACUCAUCCCGACCUUAAUUACGCAAUUUCUCAACACAUGGAUGCACUUAUGUGAUAAACUCUGCGUGUUAGUUGUUCAAAUGUACUGUAUGGCAGUUACUGGUGUGUCUUUGUCUGCGUUCAGAUUUCUGUCGUGUUCUGUGUUUUUACGCAUGCCAAAAAAGAAACAAACUAUAAAGAAAACACAUCUGUUCUUUUCAGAGGACAGAUAAUAAAUAUUCCUUUACAGCUAA